CCCGAGUUCCUUAGUAACAAUGGAGCAUAAAAUGGCCGCCUGAGAGAGCGGAGGGGAGAGAGGAAAGGGAAGGGGCGAAGGAGGAGGAACGGACGAGCGACGGCAGCGAGGAAAGCGGGACGCGACGGAGCUGCGCUUCAGGCCGCUGCGGGGCACGGACGGACGAGACCCCGGAAGGGCGGAGAGAGGAGAGGACAUUAUUCCUACUCUUAUCAACAUGGAAAGCUCAGAUUCUAAUAAAGGAAGCAUCGAUCAAUCUGAAGCACAGCGUCGAAGUCAGCUGGACCGAUUGGAUCGGGAAGAAGCAUUCUAUCACUUUGUAAAUAAUCUGAGUGAAGAGGACUACAGGCUAAUGAGAGAUAACAACUUACUAGGCACCCCUGGUGAAAUUACCGAAGAAGAGUUGUUAAGAAGACUGCAGCAAAUCAAGGAAGGUCCUCCACAGCAAAACAUGGAUGAUAAUAGAGGUGCAGACUCCACUGAAGAUGUAUCUAAUGGCGAUUCCAUAAUAGAUUGGCUCAAUUCAGUUCGACAGACUGGGAAUACAACACGAAGUGGGCAAAGAGGAAACCAGUCUUGGAGGGCAGUAAGCCGGACUAACCCAAACAGUGGGGAUUUCAGGUUCAGUCUGGAAAUAAAUGUCAACCGUAGUGGUGGGAACCCUAACCCAGAAGCUGAGGGGGAGCCGUCUGUAGAACCAUCUGGUGGAGAGGAUCUGAGAAAUCACCAGAGCGACACUGAGACUCCGCAGUCUGACUCUCCUCCAGCUGUAAGGCAGUCCGGGCCCGAAAUGGGUCCUCCUGAAGCGCUGAAUGAGGAGGUCGCUCCUCAGAGAGGCCAGAGAAGGUCAAGAAGCAGAAGUCCGGAGCACAGAAGGACACGAGCGAGGACUGAUAGAAGUAGAUCGCCCCUCAAUCCAGCGAGCGAAUCUCCUCGUAGGGUUCAUCAUAAUGCAUCAUCCCAGGCACCUGAUCUUCCUCCCGUAGGUGAAGCGGAGGGAAGUUCUCGAACAAGGCAGCACAUGGUGAUAAGGCAGCAUACCGCAUCUUCUGAUAUGCCCAGCGAAAAUACAGUGCUAUUUUCCACCCCUGAAGCAAGGCCUGUUCCUCCAGCAACAAGUUCUUUAGACACCAGUGGCAGCCCGGAGUCUGCAUCUCCCGGACAGAGACCGCCAACGAUCGUCCUUGACCUGCAAGUGAGAAGAGUCCGUCCAGGAGAAUAUAGGCAGAGGGACAGUAUAGCCAACCGAACUCGAUCAAGGUCCCAGACCCCAAACAAUACUGUCACUUACGAAAGUGAGCGUGGAGGGUUUAGGCGCACAUUUUCACGCUCCGAAAGGGCUGGAGUGCGAACUUACGUCAGUACCAUUAGGAUUCCUAUCCGUAGAAUCUUGAAUACAGGCCUGAGCGAGACAACCUCUGUCGCCAUUCAGACCAUGCUACGGCAAAUAAUGACUGGCUUUGGUGAGCUCAGCUACUUCAUGUACAGUGACAGCGAUACAGAUCCUGGAGGCCCAGCCGCCAACCCAAACGUGGAAAUGGCAGAGCCGCCCAGCGGAGGCGGCAGCGGAAAUAGUUCGACCAGUGAAGUUCCUGAUGCUGGGCCGGGGGAGGGGUAUGAAGGCGGCAAUGAAGGCGGGCCUGCAGCUGGUACUAGGCGGGAAGGACGGAAUGCGAGGGGCUCAGUGACUUUUGAAGAAAGUGGCUCUCUGCCAUUCCUUAGUUUGGCUCAGUUUUUUCUGCUUAAUGAAGAGGACGACGACCAGCCGAGAGGGCUCACCAAAGAGCAGAUUGACAACCUAGCCAUGCGGAAUUUUGGUGAAAGUGAUGCUCUGAAAACCUGUAGUGUUUGUAUCACGGAAUACACAGAAGGCAACAAGCUUAGGAAAUUACCUUGUUCUCACGAGUAUCACGUACACUGCAUAGAUCGCUGGCUGUCAGAAAAUUCUACCUGCCCGAUUUGUCGCAGAGCAGUCCUGGCUUCCAGUACCCGAGAGAGUGUUGUCUAAGCAAGUGUGAACUCCCAGCUGAGGACAUGGUGAGCAAAUGAUGGGCAAAGAAGCCAUUCUUAUGGCCACCUUGUAUGUGGUGGUUAUAAAAGUAACACCCAGAGAUGGUGUGAUCUUCCUCAUGAAAAUGGAAUUUAAAAACCACACGGCGAGGUGGAACCUUCCUGUUUAGGGUCCCAAAAAUAAUACUAGGUUGGUGUUCUCAAUUUUUUUUUAAAAAAAGAUGCAUUUGCCCAAAGACACUUGCCUGUUAUAUAGUCUCAGUUCUCCAGCACAAAAUUCACAUCUUCCUCCUCACCCCAACGUGUAGUGAAUGUUGAAGACCUCGACUCUGCUCUUCCCUGUGAAGACUAUAACUGGAGUCAUUCAGCUGCAUAUAGACCAUGCUUCAUUGUGGAUUAAAACAAAAACUCCGCUACCUUGGCAGAACAGUGAAAUCGCACCCCUAACUAUGAUUUUAGCUCCUUCCUUGUAUAGGGUAUUGGAAAUGGUCAUGUAAAUAACACUAAGGUUAGCCCCUCACCCACUGUACAGCUGUCUGAAGGCCAGCACUAUGGUCCGCCAUAGAAUGAGCUGAUAGUUUAAUGGGGAUAUUUAUCUUGCUGUGGAAAUAUAUUAAUUAAUUGCUUAUGCUUGUUUAAAUAAACACUUUUGUUUUAAAAAUGGUAAA